UAUAUAUCUUACAGUAAAAAUUAGGGAAAAAAAUAAUGUUCAAGUAUUACAUAUGUUAUUGGCCUGUACCAGAUGGCCACAGAACAAAUUAAAAAAAUCAAAAAAGAAAAAAAGUUUUUGAAGUCAGCAUCAUUAGAUGACUUGGUUGCAGAUAGUCAUUCGUUAAAACCUCGUCCUCCUGUUAUACUGCUGCAAACUUCAAAGCUUAAAGGUAUCAAAAAAAAAUUUCAUGCUUUGAAAUUAAGCCGUAGUAACACAGACUUAAUGAUAGAGACUAAUGGUGCUGAUAUCAAUGGAAAGUCUUUUGAGUUAUUUGGUUCUGAAAAUAAUCAAAAACAAAGUUUUGAACACAAGCAAAGUGUUUCAAGUAAUAUUAAUGAUCUCAUUGUUGCAGACAACUUUUUAUUCAAUGACCAGAUCAUUUGUGACGAUUUGAAUAAUUAUGAGGAUGUUGUUGAUGGUCACUCUGCAGCAGAGUCUACAAGUCAUGAAAUAGAACGACUUCAUAAGAAAAUUGAAAAAUUAAAAGAUGAACUUGUACAGUUGCAAGCUACAAGAGAUGAAAAUGUUAAAGAAUAUUUAUCAACAUGCGACAAUCCAAUAUUAACAGAGGUAUCUUCAAAAGAUAUUGCACAAAAAAUGAGAGUUGUAUUUGAAAGAAACAAUCAAAAGACAAAUAACAGUAUUCAUAUGCUUCAAAAAAAGUUAGAAAAAUUUCAAUCACAGUUAAAGGAGUUGGAAGAAAGAGGCAUACAGGGUCCGAGGAGAAUUAUUAGGGCAGUACAGGACUCAGUAAGAUCAGGUGCCUCCAGUAUUCAUGAUGCUGUUACAAAGCCAUUAGAAUCCAUUAACCAAUUUAUAAAGAAAGAUAAGAAGAAUGAUUCUGAAGCAAAAAUAACAGAUGAAGAAGAGAUCGAAAAAUGUUACUUGAACAUUAGAAGCAGUGAUGAUGACAGUUCCAGUUUGGGUUCUAAUCAAUUGCUGUGUUCGCAUGCUUCUUUACCACUAUUCAAUAAAAUAUUAUAUAAUCCAAAUGAAGACCAGAUUAAUGAGUUAGUUGCUGCCAAUGAAAAGUUAAAUGGAACUGUUACAGAAAUGAAGGAAAUUCUUAGUUUUCUGAUGCAGUUUGUGAAUGAGCAAAAGUUCAAUAAUGAACAACUGCAAGGACAAGUGACAAAUAUGCUUGGUCAAUGGCAUGAUAUUUCUGAACUUCAUCAAAAUGAAAUGGCAGCUUUAAAACAAGAAAUGGAGAACUCUGCUGAAAGAAUAGAAUGUUUGGAGUAUCGGUUUACAGAACGAGUCAAUGAAAUUGAAGAACUUAUUGACUCCUGUACCACUAGAGUAACUAAAAUGGAGCAUCUGCAGCAACAACAUCAACAGUUAUUAUUUUCGUCUCCAAAUUAUUCUGAUGGAGGACUUUAUGCGCAAACUGUUCUAACAAAGUUUCUUAGUUUAAUAAUUUCUUUAUUUGCUGUAUUACUAGUCAUAGCUUCGACACUCUCAAAGUUUAUAUUACCAUUCACUUCUUCCAGGUUUCGAUUGAUUUUAUCAUUACUAACUUUGGCAGGUAUUUUGUUUGUGUGGAAGAAAUACUAGAAUAUCGAAGUUGCAACAGUUUUAAUGAUAACCUUACUUCGUGUCAUUGAUAUUAAUUAGGAACUAGGCUACCAAUGGUUUUUAUAGCAUAACGAUUACAUUUAAAUAAAAAGUCUGUUAUAAAACACCGAAUAAUUUAUAAUUAUUUUGUUAGCAUAAUCUGAUAACCUUACCAAAAAAAUGUUGGUUUUCUAGUGCCAAAUAAUAUCUUGAAUUUUAUGUUUAACAGCCAUUUUUUAGUUAUUUUGCUUUUUAUUUAUUGCGCUUUUUAUUUACUUGAUUAAAUUUAGGUUUGCGGGCAAUCCAUGGUAAUUUAUUUUUAAUAUGUUUUUUUUUUACAUAGUUCUUAAUAUUCUAAGAAGUAUAUCUCUAACUACUGAUUUGACAUUAAUUUCAGUCUACGUAUUAAAUAUACUAAAUGUUCGUUAUUUUUUGCAUAAAAUCUACAUUUUUGAAAAAUACAAUUUUUAAAUCCAUUUGAUUUUUAACUAAAUUCUUCACGAUAUACUGAAUGAAAUUCUAUUAUGUAAUUUUUGUUGACUCAUGUUUUAUAUGUGCAUCAGCUUGUAAAUAUACAACAAAUUUAUAUUUUUACACGAAAGUUUCCAAAUA